UAUGCUUCAAACUUCAGAGGCCCAUACGUUGCCACACCAAGAGCCUUCUCUUCCAGGGCUUAUCUGUUGCCACACGGCCUCACCAAGGCCAGCCAAACCCUCGCUUCGACUCGAUCUCCAUGUCCAUCAAUGGAGGCGCCACCGUUUCGGCUGGUUGGGUGGCCGCCCAACCUCGCCGGCGACGAACGGUUGAUCACAGAAGUGGCUUACUUCGACCAUCACAUGUGUCCACCACUGUUUCGCCCAGCCUGAAAUGCUUCUUCGGUACGUGGAGAAUGGUAGCUCGUUCUACCUCCCAGAAGGACUCGUCGGUGGCCACUGAACCGGAACCAGAUGACGAGGUGGUGCUAGAGUCGCCGGAGCAUUUCCGCAUCUACAAGAGCGGCAAGAUCGACCGCCUCAACCGGCCACCAGUGCUUCCCGCUGGCCUCGACGAGGCCACCGGCGUUACCUCCAAGGACGUCGUCCUCGACGCCGAGACGGGGGUCUCUGUUCGCCUCUUCCUCCCAAGGCUGCAGGAGCCCUCCAAGAAGCUCCCCGUCGUCGUCUUCUUCCACGGCGGCGCGUUCUUCAUCGAGUCGGCCGGCUCCGCCACGUACCACAGCUACGUCAACUCCCUCGCCGCGGCGGCCGGCGCCCUCGUGGUGUCCGUCGACUACAGGCUCGCCCCGGAGCACCCGCUCCCUGCGGCCUACGACGACUCUUGGGCUGGGCUCCGGUGGGCGGCCUCGGCGCAGGACGGCUGGAUCGCCGAGCACGGCGACACGGCGCACCUCUUCAUCGCCGGGGACAGCGCCGGCGCUAACAUCGCGCACGAGAUGCUCGUGAGGGCGGCCGCCAGCGGCGGGCCGAGGAUGGAGGGGGCGAUACUGCUGCACCCGUGGUUCGGCGGGAGCAAGGAGAUCGAGGGAGAGCCGGAGGGUGGAGCCGCGAUCACCGCGGCGAUGUGGUCCUACGCGUGCCCGGAGGCCGCCGCCGGCGCGGACGACCCGAGGCUGAACCCGCUUGCGCCGGGCGGGCCGGCGAUGGAGAAGCUCCCGUGCGAGAGGAUGCUGGUGUGCGCCGGGCAGAAGGACGUGCUGGCGCCGAGGAACCGCGCCUACUACGACGCCGUGGCGGCGAGCGCGUGGCGCGGGAGCUUGGAGUGGCUCGAGUCGGAGGGGGAGGGGCACGUGUUCUUCCUGGGGAAGCCGGAGUGCGAGAAUGCUAAGCAGCUCAUGGAUCGCGUCGUGGCGUUCAUGGCCGGAGAAGCAUGACCCUGCAGCUUUGGAUUGUACUGUACAAAUAAAACUGAGCAUUGAAUUGUUUGUUUCACUUGGUUGAAAUCAAAUUAAAUGUUUGAAAAUUUUAAUUUCAUCAAUUAAAUCUGGGCGCUGCUGUUGGAUAAUAAUCUGAAAGCAUAUACGUAAGUCAAAAAUCUCAUACACGCCCUCUCAUCCAGUCCCUAUGCAUUACGCGCGUGUGUUUGACAGAAGAAUAAAAAAUCAAACAUUUGAUCAAUAGCGAAAGUGCGAACUAAAUACUCUGUAGUGUUUUACUAAUUGGAUUUUGAAAU